AUGAUUGUUGUGGGAACACAAGUGAUUUUUUCCCCUUUUUCCUUCCAUUUUCCUUUUUUUCUUCCAUUUUCAUUUUAUCUAUCUUUUCUUUUUUCUUCCAUUUUCCUCCCCCCUCCAUCUUUCUUUCUUUCUUUCUUUCUUUCUUAUCCUUUUUAUUUCUUUCUCCUUUUUUUCUUAUCCCUUUUUAUUCCUUUCUCCUUUUUUUCUUAUUCUUUUUAUUUUUUUCUCCUUUUUUCUCAUCCCUUUUUAUUUCUUUCUCCUUUUUUUCUUAUCCCUUUUUAUUUCUUUCUCCUUUUUUUCUCAUCCCUUUUUAUUUCUUUCUCCUUUUUUUCUUAUUCUUUUUAUUUUUUUCUCCUUUUUUCUUAUCCCUUUUUAUUUCUUUCUCCUUUUUUUCUUAUCCCUUUUUAUUUUUUUCUCCUUUUUUUUCUUAUCCCUUUUUAUUUUUUUCUCCUUUUUUUUCUUAUCCCUUUUUAUUUUUUUCUCCUUUUUUUUCUUAUCCCUUUUUAUUUCUUUCUCCUUUUUUUUCUUAUUUUCUUUAAAUGCAUGACAAGCAGUUGUUUAAUUUUAGAAUUCACUAUAGUUAUAAUUCCCAUUUGCUAA